AUGGAGCGCCGCCUCGGUACGGCACUUGCGAGUGAGAAUAGCACCCCUCACCCCACUUGCGUGUCCAACAGCACUUACGACGUUCCGAGUACGAGUACACGGCCAGAAUGGCAGUACCACCCGCCGCCGAGCCCAGCUGCCGUCACCGCCGGUUGCGCCCUCCUCCCCGCCGCCUUCGACCCCCGCGCCAUCGUCCGCCCUGCCCCUAACCCGAGCCCUGCUGUCUUCUUCGGUCUGCCGCUGCUGACGGGCCGUCGUGGUGGAGGUGGCGGCGCCGCCGCGCUGAACGCUUCCGUACCGGUACCCGGCGACAAAGGCUAG